AUGGCCAUCAACUAUCUCAUUCUGCUGUCCAGGCAGGGCAAAGUUCGUCUAGCCAAAUGGUUUACCACUCUGUCCCCGAAAGACAAGGCCAAAAUCAUCAAAGAUGUCACACAGCUUGUGCUCUCGAGGCGUACACGCAUGUGUAAUUUUCUGGAAUACAAAGGUACACCAGAUAUUGGCGCAGAAGAUCUUCUCGAUAUCCUGCCCAGGGUAUGGAUACGUGAGAGAGUCCAUGGGCUGACGCGAUGCAAUGCUCUUGCAGAUACCAAAGUAGUUUAUCGAAGAUAUGCUUCCCUUUUCUUCAUCGCAGGCUGUUCCUCAACCGACAACGAACUUAUAACAUUGGAGAUUGUUCACCGCUAUGUCGAGCAAAUGGACAAGUAUUACGGCAAUGUGUGCGAGCUAGACAUCAUCUUCAACUUCCAGAAAGCAUACUUCAUCCUUGACGAACUUUUGCUCGCUGGGGAAAUGCAGGAAAGCAGCAAAAAGAAUGUCCUGAGAUGUAUCGGUCAGGAGGAUAGCCUUGAAGACAUGGAGUUUGUUCCGAAUCGCGAUUUCGACAACGUUACCUCUACCCUUAAUUUCUCUACACCGGACCUUCAUGUCCUUGGUGGUUGCGACCUCUACAUCACCAAGGCAGCCGGUGGUGAUAAGAAGCUGUACAAGAAUAUCGAGAAUGGGCUGGAAGCGCAAUACCAGAACAAUCUGAUUUUCUCAAAUUCUCUGUCUCCUCCACAGGCGCAUCUGUUAGCACCAAGCCUCAACUUAAGUAGGAGUAGUCCGUUUGGAAACCUUGGUCAGAUAUCGAGUCGCAGGACAUAUGCGUACUUGAUAGCGACACUCAACGCGUCACACCCGGACUACGACUUCAGCCACGUACUCCGACCGUCAGAUUUCAAGAGGGAGCGGAGUUUGCGGGCGGUUAUGAACAACCUGGACACCACGUUGUAUAACUUGCGCCCACGACCUGCAACACCAUCUUUCGCAGCGGACGGGCAAAUACCAUCUUCUGCAUCGAGUGGGUUAACUUGGGGCCCAAGGACUUGGAGACUGAUUGAUCAGCAGAUGAGACUCAAGGAAUGUACGAUAUAUCGAUAUGCGCCGGACGAUUAUGACAUCUUCGAGGAGGACGAAGAGGGCGCAAUCUGGAGUAUGAAUUAUUUCUUUUUCAACAAGGCCUUGAAGCGAGUCUGCUACCUCUAUCUGCGCGGCAUCAGCGUCCUUUCUCAGUCACCGAGCCAAGGUCUCCGGACGCCCGUUAAGUCUACUAAACGGUUUGCGGAUGAUGAGUCAGACGGCUGGCUUACCCCUGACCUAGGGGCAAGAAAGCGCGCGAGAUAUUGGCUUGGCGACAGAGACGGACUUGAAGUGGCUGCACGAGAUGACGACCACGAGAAAGAGCAGAGGGGGAGUGGCAUGGCAGACACUUUACCUCCUCCAAAGCGACCUCUUGUGGACGAGCAUGAUAACUACAUCCUAUCAGAUGAAGAUGCCAGAAGCGCCAGAAGUCGGAGCAAGAGUACAGUACGCGGGGUCAGCGAAGACAUUGCUGAAGCCAUGGAGGUUUAG